AUGUUCCAUCCAAUAGCUAUAUCAACGCCAGCUCAUAUAAUCGACUGCAAUACAUCAAUAAACCAAGACAUGUCGGGAUAUGUCAAUCAUCUUUCAAUCGACCAUUCUAUCAACAUUUUGUAUUCAACAACAAAUAAUCAACAGCGUUCACCUGAUACAAUACCAGAUGAAUCAAUGAAUGUUUUACCUGGUGAAGUUGCAUCGGAUCAUCUUCUUUUGUCAUUGGGCUCAACUAUAACAGAAAAUUAA